AUGGUCGAAUCCUUCCAUACUGGCGAUCCAUGCGAUGCUCUCGGAGAAGAUAGCUCAUUUCGAUGCAGCCAAGUGCUAGCUGCCCACGUCUACGCUACAGCAGAGAAGUACCAAGUGCCAGAUCUGAAGGAGCUAGCACUGGAGAAGUCCAAGGAGGCUGCAGACCCAGACAACAAGCUUGACAUGGCCAUAGCUGCAAGAUUGGUCUACGAGGACAUACUGCUGCCAGAGCACGAUGGCAAGCUCCACGGGGCAACACUCGACUUAUGGAUAGCUUCUCAACUUGAUGCCACUGAUCGCGACUUUCUAUUAUCAACUCUCACGGACGCGCCAACCUUGACUGCGGACCCCAUUCUUCGCCUGCUCGCGGAUCGAAUAUACUGCCUUGCUACGAUGACCCUGACCGAGACCGAGGCUGGUCGUCUCGCGGUGAAGUCUGAUGUGCUCGAACGCUUUUGGUCCAUGGCGUGA